AAUUCAUUUCUUCAGAGGGGGCUUACAGUGUUUUCAUUGAAGAUGCAGUUCAUGCUUCUGUUCAGUCGACAAGGGAAGCUCAGGCUUCAGAAAUGGUACGUGCCUUUGUCUGAUAAGGAGAAAAAGAAGAUUACCAGAGAGUUGGUGCAGACGGUCCUGGCUCGAAAGCCUAAAAUGUGCAGCUUUCUUGAGUGGAGGGACCUCAAGGUUGUGUACAAGAGAUAUGCCAGCCUGUACUUCUGCUGUGCCAUCGAGGACCAGGACAACGAGCUCAUCACACUGGAGAUCAUCCACAGAUACGUGGAGCUGCUGGAUAAAUACUUUGGCAGUGUGUGCGAGUUAGACAUUAUUUUCAACUUUGAGAAGGCCUACUUCAUUCUGGAUGAGUUCUUGCUGGGUGGGGAAGCUCAGGAGACAUCCAAAAAGAAUGUUUUGAAGGCCAUUGAGCAGGCUGACCUGCUACAGGAGGACGCAGAGACUCCGCGCAGUGUACUGGAGGAAAUUGGACUGACAUAAAAUGGCCCUCGUCAUCACCAUCCACUCACUACAAACUCCUUCCUUUGCCAGCUACUCUGCUGUAUGUUUCCGAUACCAACCCCAGUUCACAUUUUAGCACAUGCACGCUCACAAUCACACACACAUGCAUGGUUUUCUUCUGCAUCUGUGCUCCGCAACUUUCCACAACGAUGCUUUUGUUGUCUCCUUUUAUAUUCGGUGACAAACAAUGUAGCACUGUUUGUCUAUUUUCUACUGAGUUAUAUGUUUGUCCAGUAUAUUGACAGUAACUGUUAUUGUACCAAGGGAAAACGCAGCAUAAUUAAGUUAUUUUUUUGCUGCUUUUCAGUCCACAUCAUAUGGUCUGUGGUCCACAGGAAGAUGCUGUACUGAGUUAACUACUUGAUUUAGAUUUGACCAGAUUUAAUCACUGUAUUCUUUGAAAUAGAUUUCAUGAUUUCAGAAGUAUUUAUGAAUUACAAA